GUGAUUUUGCCUAUAUCAGGUUACUCGCAUCUCAUGAGAGUAACAUGCCAUGUGAGUUUUACUAUGUCAGAUUACUCGCAUUACAUGAGAGUAACAUGUCCAGUAAGUUGGCCUAUGCCAGGUUACUCGCAUCACACUAUGUCACAUAAAUGCGAGUAACGUGGCGGCUGAUAUCGGCCAUCGUAGUAUCGAGCUAGUGAGAGGCUACAUGGGUGAGGGAGGACACAUCUAUAGCUGAAAUCUACAUGGUUCGUGGAUAGAUGAAAUAUACACCACUACAACUCUGGGUUCUGUAUUUAUUCAGUACCAAUAACCAGCAGAGCUCCGGAGACAACAUAUAUUCAACAACCAGAGCUGUGGACAGCACCCGAGAUGUUGAAGAGUCUUUGUCGUAGGCGUCUGCUGACUGUGAUAUCAAGAUGCUCAUCUGUCCAAUUUACAGGGCAAAAAGGACCUUCUGUUCCCCUGAUCACUUCGCCACCUUGUAAUGCCAGUCGACGUCAUGGACGCCAUCAAUCUUUCUCAGUUAGGACACCAAGUUUUGACAAAGUUGCCGAAACGGCCAGUGUAAGCGACUGCGGACAUAAUGUAAAGAUUGCAUGGGAUAACGGCAGUGAGUCCAGAUUCCAUGCUGUGUGGUUGAGGCAUCAUUGCCCUUGCCAAGAAUGUUAUUCUACCACAGUCAACCAAGUGUUGAUUGAUAUAGACAACCUACCGCUUGAGAUCAAAGCGACGGGCGUCAGAAUAACUGAAAAAGGCAGAGUGCAGAUAGAUUGGGAUGAUGACCACACUGGAGAGUUUGCUUCAGCUUUUCUGAGGAAGUAUUGUUACUCACAUAACAGUUUAGCAGAGAAAAAAACUUCCAUAAAGACAUCGUUAUACAAAGAGUCUUCAUUGCCGUGUGUCAAGUGGGCUGACUGUGAAGCUGAUGAAAAAUAUGUUUAUAGGUGGCUGAAAGAUAUAAAUGAACAUGGACUAGCAAUGGUUAACGAAGUUCCUACAACAAGUAACAUGUUAACAGAGUUCAUUCCAAAACACUUGGCGCCACUUCUUGAUAAUACGUAUGGAAAGAUCUAUGACGUCAUCGUUAUGGAGGAUCCAACUAAUUUGGCUUACACGCGGACUAAGUUACAGUUCCAUAUGGAUUUGCCAUAUUACGAGUCAGCCCCUGGAAUACAGUUUCUUCAUUGCCUAAAAUUUGAUGACAGUCUCCUUGGAGGAGAAACUAUCUUUGUCGACAUGUUUGCAGUUUGUGAAGAAUUCCGACACACAAGUCCAACUGAGUUUAAAACGCUUUGUUCUGUCCCGUGUACGUUUGUCAGGGACCAUGAAUCAAGAGAUGAACCAAUACACCUGCUGAUCCAAAGACCAAUCAUCAACCUGAACAACGAGGAAGAGGUAAUUGGAGUCUUUUGGAACCCAGGUGUAGUUGGCGUAUUGGAGGUCCCAGAGGAUGACGUAGCCGACUAUUACAGGGCGUACCAGUUGUUUGCAAGAGCCAUUUCCAACUUCCACACAAAAAAUGAAGUCCGACUCAAGCCGGGAGAUUUAGUUGCUUUCAACAACAGGAGAAUGGCACACAGUCGGAAUGCUUUUACAUAUGGAAGUGGUGAACGUCACUUUCAGGGUUGCUAUGUAAACAUCUGCGAGUAUAAAAGCCGUCUAGUCAGUCUCACUAAGAAAUACGGAGAUGUAUCAACAAUCAAGCGUGUUGGUAACAUGGAUUGGAUGUAAAUUCAAGCGUGCCGGUACCAUGGACUAGAUGCAAAAUCAAGCGUGUCGGUGACAUGGAUUGGAUAUAAUAUCAAGUGUAUCGUUAACAUGAAUUUGAUCUAAAUCAAGUGUGUCGGUAACGUGGCUUGUAUAUAAAAUCCUCCUUACACGGAAACACUAUAUUAUAGAAGCAGUAGACGUGUUAAAAACAUGGAUAUAAAUCAAGACAAAGAGGUGAAAUAAGAUCAAAACUUUUAGUACACUAUAUUUUCAUAUACAAUAUUACCUAUAGAUCCUGCCGAUCCGCCUAACCUAAUAUACUAACAAUUUACAUAUACAUACUACAGAUAAAUGGAGUAAUUUUGGCCACAGCAACAUGAAGCAGGAUCCAAGGGGGUCCAGAAAAUGCAACGUACCGGUAAAUGGCGGUGAUAGAAGGUCAUCUCUAGGUCAUACAAGCACUGAACAGCCCGAUGAGAAUCAUGGUCAUUUUUUCGUUUUAACUACAUGUACAACUAGCAGCUAUAGAUCCGGAAUAAGAUAUGACAUAGUGAUACAAUAAUCCUAAUUAAUAUUAAUGUCAUUUGUAACGUGGGACAAGACACUAUUCCAAUUAAAUCAGAACUCUUUCAUAAGAGUACUCGCUAUUUCGUGUGUAUAGUACAUCAAUUGUAUGGAAUUGUAUAUAUGUGUAAAAUAGAUUUAUGAUGAUGCAAUA